GCUCACCACACUUGCAAUGGAAUUUACAGGGAGCAGGACAGAAGCCUUCAUCCCAGCAUGCCAUGGCACUAGCGAUGGGCAGCUUGUCCUUGAAGUGGUUCAGCAGAGCGCCACGGUUCUCUGCCUGCUGCCGCCGCUACAACAACCCGGACGGCGGCGCCAUGGGGAUCCUCUCGGCGGUGAAGGAUCCGGCUGCCGCGUGCCUGCGUGUCGUUGGGCCGGUCCGCUCCAGCGCCCAUGGCAUCAUGGAGGCGACUCUACCGUUCCUCCACUCUUGCCGUCUCUGUCACCUCUGGAUCGGCGCCGGCCCCGUCUACAUCUACAAAGGUGAGAGGGGGUUCUGCAAGCCAGAGUGCCGGGACGAGUACAUCGUCCAGGAGGAGAGGGCCAAGGCCAUCAUGCCAUCAACGAAGACGAAGACCCCAACGCUGGACGACGGCUGCAUCUUCUUCUUCACCUGCACCGAUAGCCCGUGAUAUGCAGCUAGCUAGCUAGCUCUCCUUGUGCAAAUUAAGUAGGAGUAGAACAUUGGAGAGGUGUCAGGACUGAGAAAGAUUGAAUUAGGGUC